UCUGCCGCGCACCACGGCCACAUUGUGGACAACCAAAGGAAGAUGGUGUUGACAAAGUUAGCGCUGCUCAUUACCGUUGUGACACGCGUCACCUCUCUGCCGCCGUUAACACUUCCAUCACCCUCACCCGAGCUGCCAGAUGAGCGUCCGGUGGCACCGACAGAACUCCUCAAGGCAUUCGGUAUGUCUGAGCCGGGUGUACGCAGGUGGUACACCGAGCCGCCACAGUACAUGCUUGACCUCUACAACCAGGUGGCAGACUCCAGCGGCCUCACGCGUCUGCCUGGACCUUAUGGUGCCACCAUUGUCAGAGCCUUUUCAGAGAAAGAAGGAAGCAGAGACUCAACCUUCUCGUUCUCCGUAAAUGGACUGGGAGAAGAGGAACAGGUGCUGCAGGUGGAGCUUCACGUUUACCACUCCCGCCUCCCGAAGACACAGAGGCACCUACUGGAGGACAACAUCUACAUGUUGGAAGUCGAGUGGGUGAGUGAAGGAGGGCGGCAGGUACUGGUGAAACAACACGUCGCCGCCCAUAGUAGUGGGUGGCGGGUGUUCAAAGUGGGUGGUGGUGUUGUGGGAGCCAGCGUAACCUUACAAGUAACAGCCACCACCUCGACGGGACGCUCCUUACCCCUCAGGCUACACCACGGAGCUCACGGAACACGGCAGCCACUCCUUGUCCUCUUCAACUCACACGCCGCCACCGUCAACAACACCGUCACACCGUCACCCGUCCCCCAACAAGUAGAAUCGACAAAGAAGACUACCACGCUACGGUACAGAUCGCCUCUUACUGUCAAGGAAAUGGCCAAGGAGUACAUCCACAUGAUCUAA